GAGGACGUGAGGACGAAGACGGCGAGCGAGUCGGAGGACGAGCAGCCGGGCAGCGCUGCGCAGAGGGCGGCCCCGCAGCUCAGGAGACUGAAGCUGCCGGGCGGGCACCACACUGGCGACCGCGUCAACAGUCUCAUCACCCGCUAUCGCUUCGGGUCGUUGAUCUUGGAGAUGGGUCAGGAGGGCGUGGUGCAUUGCCAAGCCCGCGGGGAGUACACGAGCGGCGUGGCGGAAGACGACGUCCGCUUGCUAGUUCAAUUUCAGGCUGGACACGACUGGUGCUUACCUUUGAGGCACCUGAGCGCCGCCUCCUCGUACAACCCGUCGCGGGCCGCGCAGCUGCCGGGUGGGCACACCUGGGGAGACCGCGUCCGGAGCCUCGUCACGUACCUGAACCCGCUGAGCGGGGGCAAGGAGGUGUGGCUCGGCGAGUCGGGCGUCGUCAUUGGGCCGGGCCAGACCAAGGGCAAGCUCGCCGUCCGCUUUGACGACAAGAGCGGCGGCGAAUGGAACGUCUGGCCCAGCACGCUGUGUGCCGCCGGCGCGUUCGCGGAGGUGGUGAAGCAGAGGCUGGCGGGCGGGUUGAGCCGCGGCGACCGCGUGAGCUCCAGGGGGAGCGCCGAAGGCUCCCGCAGCGUGGAGAAGGGCCUCGACGCUCCCAAGAAGCUGCAACUGAGGGACGGGGAGGACGGCCUCGAUCACCAGCCUCGAAUUUAUCCCUAUCCAUAUUGA